UAUGGUAAAUGCGUUGCAGGCUCAGGUACAAGAUGCUCGAAAUCUUUAUCGAUCAUCUGAAUCGACUCGAGGAAUAAAUCAAGAAUCAUUGGAACAGCUUAAUCAAGUUAUUGUACACCUCGAUCGAUUGAUUGCUACAUUUGGUCCGCAGGUUAUAGUUGAUAAUUUAUUUUUAAUUAGUGUUGGUAAUUACGGGCAGGUGUGGGUUAUUCAGGGGCUAUGUGAUCUUUAG